AUAAAUGAACCGUUGUACUCAAAGUGGGUGUGACGUUAUGUAGUGAUCAGUGGACGUUAUUGAAACGGCCACGGUUAGCAACUUUUUUUUCUAAUCAAAAUUUUGAUUCUUGAAUAAAACAGUGUAUAUUUUGUUUGCCUUUAUUUCGCUGGAGUUCAUUUGACAUGUAUUUCCAAGUGUCGAGUUGCUGUUGACGAUUGUUUGUGGUUAAAUUAACACUGAUAUUUGUUUUGUUCGUUCUAACUGGUAGCCCUCCUACAAUAAUGGCAAAUUGGAUUAACGUUACCCCAAGUUUGAGGAGAGCUGUUGAUCUAAUAAACAAUUUAGAUGCAUCAAAGUUUCCACUUCUUCUGAACCGCAUCACCCAAGCAAUGCAAAACGGUGCUACCAAUGAGAAGGCCUUCAGUAAUGAAGAGGAAGAGAAGUUGCAGGUUUCACUUGGCCUGCAGAGGUCAGACCUGAAACUACUCCUUCAAUCUACCACAUUCAUUAUAGAACAGGCUGCAUAUUACAUGACAAAACCAUCAGUUCUGCAGAGACAUCUGUCAGAUACAUUGAAGCUUAAUGAUGACAAGUCUGAAGCAUUUGUAAAUGCCUGGAUAAGUUCAGCAAAGGGAAUUGUGGAACAUCUGCGACAGAGGUCUUUGUUUCCAGCACAGCUUGAAGAUGUCAGAUGGUCUCUCAACCUUCAGACUGCUUCUGAUUCGCAGACAAAGCAGGUCAUUCCAAAGGCAGUGUUUCAGUUUGGACUGAAAACCAAUGAAAACUCUCGUGAGAACGUGACAGUUGGGUUUACACAUGAAGAAGUAUAUGAAUUCUAUAAACAUCUUGAAACAAUUCAGAGCCAGCUGGAUGGACUGCAUUGAAUGUUUAGCUAUUUGCAUUACAUUUUGUUUAGGUGGAAAAGUGAUUUUGUGGUACAGAACAGGAAAAACAUAUCGGAUAUUUUCAUGUACAUGUACAGCAAAACUGCUUGUUGUAUACAUUGUAUCUCAGGAGAUAGAAAAAAAUAUAAGCACUAAAACACA